CUCCUCCCCAGCGCUGCCCGCUCGCCCCCCGGCCCGGCUCCGCCGGAGCCUCCGCCCCGUGCUCCACUCCCCGCCCCUCGGAAGCGCGGACCGCGGCGCUUGGGUCCCGGGAAGGAGCCCCCGCGCAGAGACGCGGCUCAGUGGGUGCGCCCCGGGGGCAUGUCCGCGCACUACCACCUGGGCUGCAGCUGUCGGCGCGAGAUGGCCAGUAACCCAUGUGCCAGGUAGCAUUCUAUGCCAGUCUUUGAAUACCAAAAAGUUGACGGCAGAUUCUUUCAAGAUCAUAACUGGGCUGUUGGAAUAACUUGGAAAAGAAGAGAAGAGAAUCGAAACUAUGGCAAAAGUAAAUAGAGCUCAGUCCACCGCCCCUCCGGAUGGAGGCUGGGGCUGGAUGAUUGUGGCUGGCUGUUUCCUUGUCACCAUCUGUACUCGGGCAGUAACCAGAUGUAUUUCAAUUUUUUUUGUGGAGUUCCAGACAUACUUUGCUCAGGAUUAUGCACAAACAGCGUGGAUCCAUUCCAUUGUAGACUGUAUGACCAUGCUCUGUGCUCCACUUGGGAGUGUUGUCAGUAACCAUUUAUCCUGUCAAGUGGGAAUCAUGCUAGGUGGCUUGCUUGCAUCUACUGGUCUCAUCCUGGGCUCCUUUGCCACCAGUCUGAAGCAUCUCUACCUCACACUGGGAGUUCUUACAGGUCUUGGAUUUGCACUUUGUUAUUCUCCAGCUAUUGCCAUGGUUGGCAAGUAUUUCAGCAGACGGAAAGCCCUUGCUUAUGGGAUUGCCAUGUCGGGAAGUGGCAUUGGCACCUUCAUCUUGGCUCCUGUGGUUCAGUUCCUUAUUGAACAGUUUUCCUGGCGGGGCGCAUUACUCAUUCUUGGGGGCUUUGUUUUACAUCUCUGUGUUUGCGGUGCCUUGAUGCGGCCAAUUACUCUUACAGAGGACCACACAACUCCAGAACAGAAGCAAAUCUGUAGAACUGAGAAACGAGACUUUCAGCAGGCGUCUCCCUAUUCAACUUUGACUAAAGAAUGGGUGCAGGCCCGCCUCUGUCGCUCUUUGCAGCAGGAAUACAGUUUUUUGCUGAUGUCAGAUUUUGUUGUGUUAGCCAUCUCUGUUCUGUUUAUGGCUUACGGCUGCAGCCCUCUCUUUGUCUACUUGGUGCCUUAUGCCUUGAGUGUUGGAGUGAGUCACCAGCAAGCUGCUUUUCUUAUGUCCAUACUUGGCGUGAUUGACAUUGUUGGCAAUGUCACAUUUGGAUGGCUAACCGACAGAAGGUGUCUGAAGAAAUACCAAUAUGUUUGCUACCUCUUUGCCGUGGGACUAGAUGGGCUCUGCUAUCUCUGCCUCCCAAUGCUUCAAAGUCUCCCUCUGCUCGUGCCUUUCUCGUGUACAUUUGGCUACUUCGAUGGUGCCUAUGUGACUUUGAUCCCAGUCGUGACCGCAGAAAUAGUGGGGACCACCUCUUUGUCAUCAGCACUCGGGGUGGUGUACUUCCUUCAUGCAGUGCCAUACUUGGUGAGCCCACCCAUUGCAGGAUGGCUGGUAGAUACGACUGGCAGCUACACUGCAGCAUUUCUUCUCUGUGGAUUUUCAAUGAUAUUUAGUUCUGUGCUACUUGGCUUUGCUAGACUUGUGAAGAAGAUGAAAAAAACCCAGCUGCGGUUCCCUGCUAAAGAAUCUGAUCCCAAGCUGCAGCUAUGGGCCAAUGGAUUGGUGGCUUAUUCUGUAGCAAGCGAAUUAGAUCAGAAAGACGAAUCUGUGGAGAUGGCAGUGCCUGGUUACAACCCCACGUGAUCAGUGACUUUGAGCCUCCAGGGCUGAGAGAGGUGGGACCACGGGAUUGUAGAUGUUUCUAAAACAUUUUAUUUUGGCAGGAGCAUUGGCUCCCAAGGAAAUGAUUAGUACUGUUUUGUUAACAUUGAUGGGGGAAAUAGCAAAUAACAAAGCAAGCUGGACUGACUCAGUUUCCUCAUUUGAGACUUGUACUCACAAUUGAACUCAUGUUUUUCAGGCAAGGAGCAUCCUCUAUGGAAAAUGUUGGGACAUAGCUGAUAUAAUUAGCUGUAAUUAGAGGCAAUUUCAAGGCAUGACCAAAGCAGUUGACAGUGGGCAACAGCUUUUUUUCUGAAACUCGCCCUUCUAUCUUCCCUUUUCGGUUAGAAGGUAAAGGGAAACGUGGACAUGUAGGUGUGUUUACUUUAUGCUGUUUGGAGAAGGGGAUCAGGUUGAGUGUGGUGGCGAAAGGUGACGAUGCCAAACCUUUUUCGUAGAGUGUCUCAGUAGGAUUUUAAACGGGAUUGUUGAAGAAUCCUUCCAAAGGCAAUGAUUAAUACAGAAAGAAAGUGACUGUCUUGUUUUUCCCCUCUCUUAUUCCUCCAACUAGCUCUUGCUUUUGGGUAGGCACCACUUUGAGAAUCCAGAGAAUCAUGGAAUGCCAUCGUUGGAAAUGAUCUUAAAGGGUGGCUGGUAAGAGCUAUUUGAAAUUGUGCACUGGAAACCGAAAGCUUUAUCCCUGACACUGGGUCCCAGGCUCUCACCUCUGUUACUGUCACACACAGUACUUUACAUUUCGCAGAACACACCAAGUUACAAGGGCGAUUUCCACCUGAAAAGUUAAUACCGACACUUCUAAAGAGAAAAAAAACAUACACACACAAAAAACACCUCCUAUUUAAAUUGCAGACACAUUCCUGUUAGGAACAGAAAAUGUUGGCAGUAUUCCAACUAGCCAGGACUUGAAUUCUUGAAUCAGCAGGUCUCUGGUGAGAGUUUUCUUCUCAGAUCAGACAUUGAGGUUUAUCAUUACAGAAAAACAGGACUUGGGGGUUUUGCUUGAAAAAUAUUCUAGAGAUAUUCUCAAGGUAAGAUUCCUUUCUCCCUGUGUUAGUUCUUGCUCUGUUGUCCACUGCUCUUCAUCUCUUUAUGGAUAAUCAUUAGAAACUUGGGGACCUUUCCAGCUGAAUGAGAAGGCUUCAGGGGUUAACCACAGCAUCAUAGCGCUCUCAUAAAGUACAGCUCUGGUCAGGGCGGAGGGACCCCCGAGAACGUGAAGGUUAAGAGGGCUAGUUGUGUGAUAUUUCACAUUUUAUAGACCUCUUCUACAUAACUUAACUCAUUGGGUUAGAGCAGUUCGCUAAUUGCCAAGUCCUCUCCUUUCCAAUGGUUUGGGAUAAUUUCUGAGGCUUCAGAUUGAAGAGGGAGGGCACGGGAAGAGAAGAGAACAGCCAGAUCCCCCAGUCUAUCUCCAACCAUUUUAAGUCUGCAGAAUUAUAAUCCUGAAUUCCAAAUUACGUUGCACCUGUAAAUAGGGACAAGUUAUACAACUAAAAGGGGAUUUUAGUUAUUUCACACAUUUAAAUCUGAACCUCCAGGAACUGUUUUGACCCUGAAGGCCAUUUAAUCCACGCCCCCCCCCCCCAAAGGCCUCAAAUGCCCUGCCCCUGGGGACUGAGAAAAAAAACAACACAGCAAUGAGGAAGCUUCUAUGUUGACUAAGCAUGUUCAGCAAGAGUCUUUGCCUAUAACUGGAUUAUUUCAUAAAAUUACAUAUUCAUACAUUGCUUUCAGAAUGAAAUACUGACUUGAUUUGAUGGGAGAAACCUGUAAUAUUUCAUAGUUGGUUUCCAAAGAGAAAUUUGAAUGUUACCUGUUAUAUUUUUUACUUAAGAGAAUUUAGUUUUGAACCUAUUCACUUCAUCAUUUUUAAUUUUAAAACAACAUUUGGAAAAUAUCUGUAAAAAGUCAAAGUUGAAAAUGAAGUUCUAUGUGUUUGGAAUAGCACUUUAUGCUGAAUGUCAUUUGUUGAAUCGUCACGUCUAAAGAUUUUUUUGAACUAUAAAUAGUUAUAAAUAUUAUUAUAUAUAUUUUUCCUAGUGAUGAUCACAGUAAAAUUUUAUUUAUCUGGUUCUGAAAUAUAAUUUCCCUAAAGUAUUAUAAAUAUUCAUGAAAAAUGAGCAUAGAGAUCAGAGCUUUUACAAAUUUGUAUAAAAUAUUUGGGAUGUUUUGACUUUAAACAUGCAUAAAUUUGUAUUUUGCUUUCCUUUUUGGAGCAGCAUUUUUAGAAAGCCCGUAGGAAAAUGUAGAUCUUAGAGACUGUCAUUGUCAUCUACACAAAAUUUCACUGUUACGGUCCCAUGUGCUUAUGUUGUUUAUUUCAAAAUGGAAGGAUUCAUGGGAAUGAUGUGUUUUGUGGAAUCAAGAAUAAAAUUGUGGUGGGGUAAUUCUAAAUCUUAAAUAUUUCUUUAUAUCACUGCAAGCUCUACUCUGAAAUUGAACAGAAAGCAAAGAAAACUAACUUCUAUAGACACACUGGACCAUUCAUUGGGCCUCUUUUUCAGAUUGUGAUUUCAUGAAUAGAUCAGAUAUUUAUGCGAAUAUUUUCUUAUUUCAAGAGCUUAAUAAAAUGAAUUUACAGUUG